AAUACCUGCAUGGGUGUCCACGAAAUAUGUCCCACAACAUCCACAGCAACUGGGUGUAAUUUCGUCUGAUGAAUAUGAAAAGAUAAUGAAACAUGAACUAGAAUAUGAAGUUGAACCAAGAGCAGAACCUGUGAUCACUGGAAACCGGAUUGUUGAACUAGGUUACGUUUUAGACUGGGCCAUUGGACUUCAGUUCAAUCAUUCCAAAAUAUGUACAAUGGGUAUUCUAUCUGUAAAAAGAGAGACUCGCAAUGGUUUGACAAGUACCAUAGAAUUUGUGUGCAAUGCUUGUGAUCGUCAAUUCAGUUACAACACUGAGGAUCCAAGCCGGGAAAAGUCUGUAAUAAAUGUCGGAGCAGUAUGGGGAACAUUGGCUUCAGGGGGCACUUAUACACAUAUGAGCGAGAUACUUAGUUCAAUGGACAUACCAACCAUGUCUACAAGGCUAUUUCAUCGUUUAGAAAAUUAACUAGGAAAGGAAUGGGAGGGAUCGCUAUUACGAUCCAUGAAAUCUGCCGGGGAAAUAGAGAGGCAAGCUGCUAUAGAAAACAGUCAAAUUUGUUCUGAUGGUACCCCUUGGAUCACGGUUUAUGUUGAUGGAUCUUGGAGUAAACGUUCCUAUGGUACCAAUUAUGAUGCUUUGUCGGGUAUGAUAGGAAUAAUUGGAAAACAUACUGGAGAAUUACUUUUUGUUGGAGUACGGAACAAAUAUUGUACCAUCUGUGCCAGAUCUGAAAAUGCAGGUGAAGCUGUCGGUGACCAUAUAUGUUACAAAAAUUGGUCUGGUUCUGCCUCAGCAAUGGAGGCGGAUAUGGUAGUUGAUGGCUUCAACCAAAGUGAAGCAAUGCACGGAGUUCGCUACAUGAAGUUCAUCGGCGAUGGAGACUCUAGUGUGUUUUCAAAAAUUCAGAAUUCUGUAACGUAUGGCAAGGAGGUCCAAAAAUGUGAAUGCACCAACCAUGCUCUCAAAAAUUAUGGUAAACGCCUCAGAACUAUAAAAGCUGACACCCAAAUCAAUUUGAAAGGACGGAAAUUAUUGACAAAUUCAAAAAUUAAACUGCUAACCAAGAGAGCGAAAUGUUCCAUUUACGAGCAUGCUAAAAGUGGCACUUCUAAUGUUGAUCUCCUGCGCUUCGAUUUGAGAAACGGUUUGCAUCAUGUGUUUGGUGAGCAUUCCAAUUGUCGGGAAGGCAUAUGUAAUACUGUGCAUGACGUCUCAGGCAGUAUGAUUCCUGAACUCAAAUCUACUACAAUUUAUCAUCAUCUGAAUGGUGCUCUAGAUCUCCUCGUAAGAAAAGCUCAUUUAUUAAUAGAGAAUGAAAAUAACAAUCGUGCUGAGAGGUUAAUGAAUAUAGUUUCUAGGUUCAAUCAAGGGAAAAGAUUGAAUUUAAUUCAGAGGGGUUCGUAUCAGAGACGAGUACAUUUAUCUGGACUACGACACAAUAAACAAUUCAACUGGCAUUCUGACCCUUACAAGAAUUAUAUGAGCUCUAGUCCUGGUAAACAUUUCAAAAAAUUCAUUGCUAGGAAUUGUCGGUCCCAGGAGUUGAAAUGCCGUAGGAGAUUACUUUCAACUGUUUCAAAGAACAAUAAUGAUCAUAGUAAAAGAAAGAAAACAUCCUCAAGCAUGAAACAGAGAGAUGUGAAUACCGACUAUGGACCUCACGCUGAUCAGCAGAUGAUUGACCAAUCAUUGUUGGCCGAAGAAGUAGAUGUGAUUCUGAGAAGAUUACAGGUGUCUGAAGCAGAACGGGAUCGAAUCCAAACUGAAUCAGUAGUACAGUUUGGCAAUGCGAUAUUCGAAACUGAACGAAAACUGAGGCUGACAGCAUCAAUGUUUGGUAAGGUGAUCAAGCGAAGACCAUACACGUCGUGCCAUAAUAUGGUGAAGGAAUGUUUGAAACCUAGUUCCUUUUGGUCAGAGGCGACUGACUAUGGCAUAGCUAAGGAGAAAGUUGCCAUUGGUAUAUUUGAGAGGAUAAAGAGUCUGCAUGUCCAGGAUUCUGGUUUUUGGAUCGAUCUUCAAUAUGGAUUCUUGGGUGCUUCUCCUGAUGGAAUCGUUUUGAGUGAAGAUUCGAUGAUAGAAGUCAAAUGUAUUUAUUCAGCUAGUAAAUUAGAACUGAAAAAACACACAUUGGAUGAAGUAAUAGACAUUAUGAAAAGUAAAAUAUGCUUGGAAAGACAUGAUGAUCAAAUAAGAUUGAAACGAACUCACAACUAUUACUAUCAAAUUCAAGGACAACUGAACAUUGCGCGAAAAUCGAAAUGUUACUUCAUCGUUUAUAUCAACGAUGCUAUUGAUUUAUUCGUGGAGGAGAUAGAGAGGGAUGCCAAACUUUGGGAAGAAAAAAUGUGUCCACUUUUAGUACAGUUUUACAAGGAAUGUAUCUGCCCAGAAAUUAUUAUGGAUAAUAUAGGAAAAGGUAGAAUAUGCAAUGAUCCGCCAUUCAUUUCAGAAGCGAUAACUUUGCAAGAAGAGAAGAAAAGGAAAAUAUCGAAGGUCAUCAAUCCCGUGAUUGUAAACUCUGCUGACAAAGAAAGUAUUCAAAUAUUGAGACAUGUGGUAGUUCCCUUUGAAUUAACAUCUGUUUUUCAAAAAAUUGCUGAGAACAAUACAUCUGAAAAUAUUGAAUGCUGUGGAAUUUUGGCAGGGCGAUUAGAGAAUAAUAAACUCAAAAUAUCCCAUAUGAUCGUACCAAAGCAGACAGGCACUUCUGACUCAUGUACGGCAUCCCAUGAAGAAGAACUACUCCUGUAUCAAGAGCAACAUGAUUUGAUAACCAUUGGAUGGAUACAUACUCAUCCCACACAAACUGCAUUCCUCUCCAGUGUGGACCUUCAUACCCAUUGCUCCUAUCAACUAUUGAUACCAGAAGCCAUUGCAAUUGUUUGUGCACCAAAAUAUAAACAAAUUGAAUAUUUCAAUCUCACCCCAACGAACGGCAUGACAGUCAUCAGUAAAUGUAAAAAAUCUGGUUUCCAUCCCCAUCCAAGUGAACCACCACUUUUCAAAUCAGCAGACCACGUUAGAAUAGAGAAUGAUGCAACUCUGGAAGUUAUUGACCUUCGAAUGCUCGAGUGA